AAUACAUAUGGCUGGUAAUACACAAAGUAUGUUAUAUUACACGUAUGUAUCAACCCAACUCAUGUCAUCUCAUCUCAUCUCAACUCAGCCAUGUCAUUUCAACUCUAAGCGAACCGCAGGAAUUGAAGUGAUAUCACCAAGCCUACGUACCACGGACAGACUUACCUAUCUACUAGAGUAUUACUACUAUCUUUAUCUAUUUUUUCGCAUGCUUAGUUUCCUUUUCAGCCAGUCUAACUGAUCAGAAGUAGAAAAAGUAGGUAGGUAUCACCAUAAAUACCACUAUAACGGAGAUAGGCGACGGAUUGACGAUCACAACAGACAGUAGUAAAGUCCCG